AUGGCAACACACAACAUCGUAAUCUUCGGCGGAGAUCACAGCGGCCCCGAGGUCGUGGCCGAGGCCGUCAAAGUCAUCAAAGCGGUUGAGUCUACUAGACCCUCUGUCGGCAAGUUCAACCUUCAAGAACAUUUACUAGGCGGCUGCUCGAUCAAUGCCCACGGCACACCCCUUACCGACGAAGCCCUCGCGGCCGCUAAAUCGGCCGAUGCCGUCCUCCUCGGCGCCAUCGGCGGACCCGAAUGGGGCACCGGCGCCGUCCGUCCCGAGCAGGGCAUCCUGAAGCUGCGCAAGGAGAUGGAGACGUACGGCAACCUGCGCCCAUGCUUCUUCCCCUCGGAGUCGCUCGUCGAGUACUCGCCGCUCAAAGCCGAGGUCUGCCGCGGCACCAACUUCACCGUCGUCCGCGAGCUGACCGGCGGCAUCUACUUCGGCGAGCGCAAGGAGGCCGGCGACGGAGACGAGGCCUGGGAUACGGAGCUGUACUCGCGCCGGGAGAUCGAGCGCAUCACCCGCCUCGCCGCGUACAUUGCGCUUGCGAGCGAUCCGCCCGCGCCCGUCUGGAGUCUGGAUAAGGCGAAUGUCUUGGCGUCGAGUCGGCUCUGGCGCAAGGUCGUGUCCGAGACGAUGGCCCGCGAGUUCCCCCAGCUGAAGCUCCAGCACCAGCUUAUCGACAGCGCGGCCAUGAUCAUGGUCAAGAACCCGCGCGGUCUUAACGGCGUCGUCGUCACUAGCAACUUAUUCGGCGACAUCAUCAGCGACGAGGCGAGCGUUAUUCCCGGCAGUAUUGGUCUGAGCCCUAGCGCCAGUCUGAGCGGCAUUCCGGACGGCAAGUCGAGGUGCAACGGCAUUUACGAGCCCAUCCACGGCUCGGCCCCCGAUAUCUCGGGCAAGGGCAUUGUCAACCCCAUCGGUACCAUCCUCUCCGUUGCCAUGAUGUUCCGAUACUCGCUGCAGCUACCCAAGGAGGCCGACGCCAUCGAGCAAGCGGUCAAGAACGUCAUCGACGGCGGCAUCCGGACGAAGGAUCUCGGCGGCGAGGCCGGCACCAAGGAGACUGGCGAUGCCGUCGUCGCGGAGUUAACUAAGAUCCUUAAGAACUAA